UCCCUCCCGGCUGCAGCAGGAGCAGAGACUGAGCCGCCCUUCACCCCCUCCCCCGGCGGAGUCCCAUCGCCCUGGUAACCUGAUGCCAAGCUCAGGGCCGACCCAUUCGGGCUUCAGGGAGCCCCGGGCCGGGCUCCCGCACGGGCGGUGGGAGACGCGUCCCUGUCCCGCGGGACCCGGUCCCUAGGCCCGUGCUUGGCGGAGGCAGAGAGGGGAAGGCGACGUGGAUGGGAGUCAGUGGAUUGGGCGUCCCCCCGCCGGCCGGCGCAGUUGGUGCAGUCCGGGAAGAUGGCAGAUGGAUACAUUGUGGCAGUCUAAUCUUCUAGACUAGGAUACCAGUAAUGCCGUUCCCACCUGAACACAUGAUAAUCAGAUGACUUUCAAAGCACUUGUAAGAUGAACAUUCGCUGUAGCAGAUGCCUAGAGGAAGAGGUGACCUUCUAAGCAGCAAGAUGAGUGAAUGGCAAAGGAUUUUUGUGCAAAAUCUGACUGUUCCUCCACACUCCCAAAGGAGACGACAUCUCCCAAGGGAAUCAAUAGCAUUUCAGUGUGUCCUGAAGUAUGUUGUGGGGAAUUUAAUUAAGCAGAGAGUUCUAGAAGGCUUGUCAGAGGUUGAAUACCAGCUCCGCCUGUCCCUCUUUGACAUCACCUAUCGUCAUUUCUUUGGGAGAACAUGGAAAAGUACCACAAGACCUCUCAAAGCUGUGCCAGGACAACCACCCAAAGUGGUUUUCAAUGAGACCAUUUAUUUUCACACAUCUUUAAACCAUCCCAGCAUCGUCGCAGUGGUGGAAGUGGUGGCUGCAGCCAAGAAGCGAGAGGGGGCUCACCAGGAUCUGUCUUGUGGGUUUGGAAUUCUGCACCUGUUCAACAGCAAGUCAGAACCAACAGAUGUGGCCACCAAGGACAGAGGGCUCCAGCUGUAUCAUGGGACACCUCGAGCGCUUCUGCACCCCCUCCUCCAGGACCCGAUAGAACAGAAUAAAUACAUGACGGUGAUAGAGAACACUCAUCUACAGUACACCUUAAGGCCACACCCGCCCCUCGAGACCAUGAUUCACCUCCUCCCUGAGAAUAUGCUGGUGUCUGGGCUGCAGAAAAUUCCUGGCUUGCUGCUGACACAUGGAGAAACAAAUGAUUUCUUUCGAAAACCCCACCUCAUGAAAUCAGUCACAUGGUACUUGGAUAAACUGUCCAUUAAUUUGUACCCUUCAUUAGAAAAAUUUGAGGAAGAGCUGCUGGAUUUACUCAACAGUGAGCGUUUACUUAAGGAUAGCUCCUCAAUGGAUGGGAGUGAAGUUCUCAUUCAGGAACGACGGCUGCACAUCGGGGUCCACAAUGGCUUAUGCUUCGUUCAGACGCCUCAGGUGGUGGUGUUGGUGCCAGAGGGUGAGGUGGCUCGGGGGCGCUCGGCCAGCUUCCACAGGAAACAAGGCCUCAGCGCCAAACCAAGCAUGGUAGGUCAAGCUCUGGUUUUGAGAAGCCGCAUUCGUUUGACCGAGAUGGUCCGUCACCCAGCGUUCGCAAUUGUCUUCCAGCUGGAGUAUGUUUUCUGUGCACCAAGUGGAGCCGACAGGAAGGCAUUGUCCAUUUCCUCUUUGACUAAAACAGCCUAUAUGCAUUCCAUCCGAUGGACUGUUUGGAAUCCUUUGCUGGACUCGUGUUCCGUGGAAGUGAUCUUACCACUUCAAGGAGGCGCCCAGCAUAAUCCCAGCCAUGUGUUAGUUUACAAGAUGCCACCCACCAGCAUGAGCUCCGAAGAGGUGAAGCAGGUUGAGUCUGGCACAGUCCAGUUCCAGUUUUCCACUGAUUCAGAGGAACAUCUCGGGACUUCUGCAAAUUCCUUGAGUAACAACAGAGGAGAGCUGCUCCGCUCAACAAAGCCAUCCACACCAUCUCUGAUAGGUGCACCAUCUUCACCCCAGAUGUUGGUUUCCACUCAAGACUAUCCUCAAGGACCUGGGUUGUCAAUAUCCCAGUUGUCAGCAUCACCCCACUCUCCUCCUGUAAGCCACUCGUCCAAACCCCCGUUGCAACAGCAAACCGGCUCUCCAGUCCCCCGCUCCCGUGGGAUGCGCCGACGUGAACGUGCACAGGAGCUCCCAGGUGGAGGCAGCAGCGGUGGCAUAACUCACUUGGAGGCUGACCUCAGUCCCAGCUCCUUGAUCCUGGAUUCCUCUGCAAGUGACCAGCUGCAGGAGCUGCCGUUCACACCCGUGCACGCGCCUAUUGUUGCCAUGGGAACACAGACUGGAAGCUCUAGCUCUAUCCUCACUCGGGCCUCUCUGUCUCGCUUGCAUGCCGCUGGCUUUCCAGAAAUCCUGGAUUGUAACAAGGAGCCAGCAGAAGUUGUGGACCCCACAGACCCUGUGAACUUCAACCCUCAAAGGGAAGAAGCUGACUUCUUGCAAAGCAAUGAAAUCAUUUUGCAGUUCCUCGCCUUCACCAGGAUUCCACAGGAUGGCAUGGGGACAACUUGGCCAAAGACUAUGUAUUUCACCUUCCAGUUUUACCGUUUCCCACCUGUCACAACACCACGAUUGCAGCUGGUGAAGAUGGAGCAGUCUGGGACAGCCAGUUCAGCUGCAUCUUCCCAUAUCUUAUUCCAGAUCAACAAAGAUGGAACCCUUAAGAGUGAAUCUCCAGGGUUGCAGCUAAAGUAUAUGGUGGAUCCUGGUUUUCUGAAGCCAGGAGAACAACGCUGGUUUAUACGUUAUAUAGCUGACCAUAACCUACAGAUUGAUAUUUGGGAUGGAGAUUCUUUGCUCCUCAUUGGAUCUGCUGCAGUUAAGCUGAAGCACUUGCUUCGCCAGGGUCGGACAGCAGUUCAGGUCCAUCAUGAGCUGGAGGUGAUGACAACCGAAUACGAGCAGGACACAACAGUGAUGAGUGGGGACGUUCUCAGACAUGGCACUGUGAAGCCCAUAGGAGUCUACGCUGUUGUGAAAGGCCGACUUCACCUGAGUUUGGCCAAUGUUGGUCACCUGUGUGAGCAGAGGCUGAAGAAAUCAAACUCCUUGCCACCCUCCCGCUCUCGCAUUGUCUCCUCACAUGAUGGGACCAGCAACUUCCACGGAGGCAGCUUGUUCUCCCUCAAUACGCCUGGGGCUAAGAACGUGUCCCAAGCCCAGAAGCUGGCGGACGUGGACAGCGAGCUGGCUGCCAUGCUGUUCAGCCGCCUGCAGGAAGUGAGCACGGUCUUCCAGCAUGCCAGCCGCGAGGCCAGCGCCAUCCGCAGGCGGAAGCUGGAGAGGAUGAUGAUGGUGCGACAACUCGAAGCCCAGGAGGAUGUCAGUGGGAGGAGAGCAAGCCUCAUGGGCCGGCGUGAGGAGCGCGUGCAGCACUCCAGGGACCUGCAGAUUAUUGAUGCCUACCGGGAGCGCAUCAAGGCCGAGAGCAUCUCCAGCAUGCUGAUUCAGGCCAUCACCUCCAGCUACACUCUCUAUGCCACGCUGGGCACAGCAGAGUUCUUUGAGUUUGCCCUGAGAAACCCAUACAACAUCCAGCACACGGUGACGAUCGAGAUCAACCACCCGGAGCUGAGUGUUAUUAUGGACAGUAGGGAGUGGAGACACUUCAAAGAGUUGACCCAAACAUUGACUACUCCAGUAGAAGAGGACAUGUUCCAUCUUCAGGACAACCUCAUGCCUCAGGUCUACCUGCGCCCCAGAGAGACCAUUCACAUUCCAUUUAAAUACCAGACCUUCUCUGUAGACCACGCUGUCAUGAUGCAGCAGGGCCCUGCUGAGCUGAGAUUCAAUAAAGACCCAGAAGCUGCACCCCCCUGGAAGUCCAGUGCCAUGCUGACAAAACGCAUCAAGAUCUCCUUUAAGGCAAAUGGUGACAAACCCAUUGCAAUUCUCAGUGUUAAUGUGGAGCCCCAGCCCCAUGUGGUGGAUCAGACAUUCCGAUUCUAUCACCCGGAGCUCACCUUCUUGAAGAAGUCCAUACGGCUACCUCCAUGGUACACCCUGCCAGGUGCCCCAGCAGGAAUGCCAGGUGGGGAACCGGAGAUGUAUGUCCGCUGCAGUGAUCCCAACAUCAUUUGCGAAACAAAAAAAAUGGGUCCUGGGGAGCCACAGGAUGUGUUCUUAAAAGUAGCUGGAGGACCAAGCCCACAGAUCAAAACAUUCUUUGUUGCUAUUUACACGGACGCCUGGCUUGCUGCUCCCUUUCAGAUCUGGCAAUUUUACCUUCACUCGCUGCAACGUGUGGACGUUAGCUGCAUAACUGGCCAGCUGACCCGCCUUUCCUUGGUUCUCCGGGGCACCCAAACGAUCAGGAAAGUGAGAGCUUACACCUCGCAUACACAGGAGCUGAAGGUGGAUCCCAAAGGCGUGUUUAUUCUUCCUCCGAACGGGAUGCAGGACCUGCAUAUCGGUGUGAGGCCUCAGAAAGCUGGCAACAGAUUUGUUUACCUCAAUCUGGUGGAUGUGGAGUACCACCAGCUUGUUUCGUCCUGGCUGGUGUGUGUUUCCUGCCGACAGCCUGUCAUUUCUAAGGCAUUUGAAAUAACACUCCCUGCUGGCGGAGGGAAAGGCUCCAACAAGCGGAUCACAUACACGAACCCAUAUCCCUCCAGGAGGAUGUACUUCCUGCAUACCAACCGAGCUGACCUGCUGCAGUUCAAGGAGGAUUCCUUUGAGAUUGGAGGAGGGGAGAUGUACACGAUUGGCUUGCGGUUUGCACCAAGCCAGAGCACCGGGGAGGAGGAGAUUCUGAUUUAUAUCAAUGACCAUGAAGACAAGAAUGAAGAAACCUUCUGUGUGAAGGUUGCCUAUCAAUAAAGAGGAGGGUUUGCCUGAGGGCCAGUAGAGCGACGUGUUCCUGGAGCAUCUGUCGAAGGUUUCAUCUUACUCCACCUACCAUGAGACGUAGUCCUGUUGUUAUUAUCAGCUUUAGAGACUUUUCCCUCCAUAGAUUGUCUGUUUCUGAAUUUCCUUGACCACGUUUAUUUGUAGACAGAAAACCGAUUGAGCUGCUCUGUGAACCUAGCCCACAUGCUGGCAGGAUGUGUUUCCUUCCUCUUUGCAGUUUGCCACUAUCUAAUCAAGCCAUGGCCAAGUCACUAUGAUUUAUUGUCCGACUGAAUUCUUGGCACACUGACAUGACCUCCAAUGAUGUAACAUAGCCAUAUUUGUUCUACUUAAAAUGGUAAAUUAAUCCCUAUAUAUUUAUACCAUAUGCCAUGGUCCAGACGAUUGUCACUACUUCUGUUAUGCUUUGCUGGGCCGUGAGCUUGUUUGGAUUUUUAUUUUUUUAAUUCUUUUUUAACAGAUCUUAAAAAGCUGCAUUUCCAGAAUAUGUGUGUUUCAAGUAUUUUGUUUUUUUAACUGAAUUUUGUACUCAAAGAUGACAAUUUGAUGGUACUUUACUCAUUCCAGUUCAUCUAAAUUGUUGUACAGAACCCACGGAGUGCAGCAUAGAGUUUUCUGUUACAAGGCUUCUGUUUGCCAGUAGCUCCCCAUUGCAUGCUGGUGCAAGCAUCUGGGUUGUCCUUCCUCUUGCUAAUCUCUUUAAAUGACAGAUCAGAAGCUCUCCACAAUCCAGCCCAUCACCUGCAUUUCUAUGAACUGUCCCAGAGACUAGAAAGGCUCAGCAGGUUCUGUGUGAUUUCAAAUCACUCAGUCAGCUCAGAACUCAUGCAUUGUUUGAAUUGACAGAAGAUAAUCUCUUCUAAAGGUGAGUACUAGAGAUGCCAAAAUUGUCUGACACUGGAAUUUCAUUUAAUCUCUGAGCACACAGCAUCCAAAUCUGGUAUCGGUUUCAGGAUAGGGGACCCUUGCAGAUCUAAGGCAAAGAUGGGAGCUGGAAAGCAUGAAUCAGGCGAUACAGUACACGUAGGAAUAAAGAGAUUAAUUAUGGACACAGGUCAAGGGAUCGAAUUGGGCUAACUCUGUUUCAUAUUAAAAAUCAAGUCAAAGGGAGUUAACUGAGAGGGUUGAAAAUGGAGAAGAUUGCCUCUAGGGCACUGGCUCAGCCGCAGGCAAGGAAGUGGUAGACAAGUGAGUGAUGAAUUUGCAGUGGCUUAUGUGAAACGAGUAGGUAGUCUCAGUGCAUUUCCCAGUGCACAGAUGCCAGCCUCACAGGUAGACCCCUUGCUGGCAGUCUCAGCAGGGAGGCCAUGAGGAGGAACUGCCUUUUCACCUGCUGAGAUUGUCCCAUCAGAACACUCAGGCAUGUGACGGGGCAGUAUCUGGGGAGAUUGUGAAGACCAUGCGCCCCUCCAUGUUAUAGGCUGCUACUCUCCAGUAUUGUGUUGCCUUUUGCCUCUGGAGUCUAUGCCAACGAUUCAUGCUCCCUCAUCCCCAUUGGUCAACAUAGCAUCAGGCAGGUGCCACACCUUGCCGAAGGCCAUAUCUCCCCGCCAUAUACAUACCUAACCUAGGCCUUAUUCUCAUCUUAGGGCUUGUCUUCAUGUACAGCGCUACAAUAGCGCAGCUCCUCCCAUGCAGGUAUGCUGCGUGAAGAUGCUCCUACGCUGAUAGGAGAGCUUCCCCCAUCAGCACAGUUAAUCCACCUCCCCGAGAGGCGGUAGCUAUGGCUGUGGAAGAAGGUCUUCUGUCGCCAUAGCAAUGUCUACAUAGGGGCUUAGGUCGGUUUAACUACAUCGCUCACGGAUGUGGAUUUUUCAUAUCUCUGAGCAACGUCGUUAUACCAAUUUAGGUCUGUAGUGUAGACCUGGCUUCAAGUUAUACCGGUGUGAAUCAGGAGUAGUCCUGGUGAACUCACUGGAGUUACUUUGCUAUGAGAGCAGGCUCAAGGCUCUAGAUUAUAUGCUGUUUGAUAAGGACUGUCUCUUGACCUUUUGAUGGGACACCUUGCACAUUUAUGGGGCCUCAUACUAAUCACAAGAUCUUUGGGCUGGGCUCUGUUUGCUGCAUUCUACCUACCGUAUAGGGCCAUAGCCACGUACAGCAGGAGAUGAUAUCUCGGUCGGGUAUGGGGAUUGGUGCUGUGUAAAUACCCGAUGCAGAUACAUAAUUUUGGGGCAGGGACUGUGUUUGUAGAGCGCUGGGCAUAGUGGGGUGCACUUCAUUGACUGGGGCUCCUGGGGGCUCCCCCAAUAUCAAUAACAACAAAUAAUAACAUAGUGGAGCAUGACCCUAGAGCAAAGGGCCUGGGGAGAGGUGUGCUGCAAUCUCAGGAAAACCACUGGGAAGAGGAAGGAACAAAGUUCUCUUCUAUAUUUUUAGGCUGCCACCAUGUUUUCUGUCUUCAAUUUGAAACCUGCUGUGUAACCAAGCACUGAGAAACCACAGUGUAAGUGUAAAUCAGGCUCUAGGGUCCACUCUUGCCAGCAGUGAGCCGGCAGCAGAGCUAGUGCUCUGCGAAGGGCACCGAAACGGGAACAGAGAAAGUACAAAGCAGAUUGCAUCGAUAGGCGGGUGGCAAGGCCAACUGGGCAGAUCAGGCUCCGAAUCCCAUUUCUCUUGAUGCCAGGCCAGAAAUGGCAACCUCACAAGUCUCAGCUCCCAAGUGGGUCUGAGGAAGGCAUUGCCUUGAGGGAGGGUGUGGGGGGGAAAGGGCAUUUGACUGGCUAGAGCCUGGGAGCUGGUGCCGAAUCCUGCUUGGACCGACAAGGAGCAAGGUGAGCCUGUGGCACUGCCCUAAUCACUGGUGCCAUGUUGCAGCACGAAAGAGUCAUUCAUGCAGGGCGUAUCUCACCCAUACUUUCGAUCAACCCUCCCCCCAUGCCCAAGCCAAAGUGAGGCAUGGGAAAGACUGAGUAUCCAGGAGCAGAGACACCCAAAGGGAAGAACGGAUUGUUUUCGCCGUUUGUGCUUGGCUGAAUCUCUUAUCUUCUAACAGGAGCAUUUUCCAUAAGGCAUAAGUCUCAGCUUUGCUUUGGGAUCUGACAACCUUCCCUGCACUUGGUAAAGUCAUUGGGCCUGGUGGGGACCACACAUGGCAUAAAAUAAGCACAUACAAUGUUAAUAGAGCACACAGUAAGUGGAUUAAGAACUGGCUAACUGAUAGACUUCAAAACAUAGACUAACCUAGGCCCAUUCAAUUAAAAUGUAUUUGAAUACAGCCAUGUGCAAAGGUACACAUCUAGAACAAGGAGUGCAGGCCACACCUACAGAUUGGGGACUGUAUCCUGGAAAGCAGUUACUCCAAAAGGGAUUUAGAAGUCAUUGCAGACAAACAACUGAACACGAGCUAUCAGUGCGAUGCUGUGGCACAAGGGCUAACGUGAUCCUUGGAUGUAUGAACAGGAGGAUAGCGAGCAGGAGCGGGAAGGCGAUACUGGAAUGCUGAGCCCUAUUCUGGUGUCCACACUGUGAAAAAGAUGUUGAGAAAUUGGAGAGGGUGCAGUGAAGAGCUGCAAAAAUGAUUCGAGUGUUGGAGGAAAUAGUUACCGUUAGAGACUUAGGCCAUGGCUACACUGGCACUUUACA